CUGUUGCAGGCAGGGGAAGGCGUGACCUGAAUGGAGAAUGCCAGCCAAUUCCAGAGACACACAGGGACCUCAGAACAAAGAUAAGGCAUCGCUAACAUCACACCGGGGACUGGGACCGGCUCACAGACAAGUCCAGCAGACGGGACCAAGGCCAGGAGCACACAAGGCAGGAAAAUGAGGUUGCUCCUUCUCUACCAUGGACUGUGCCUUGCCCUGUUGGAGGUUUCAGCCCAUACCGUGGAGCUAAAUGAAAUGUUUGGCCAGAUCCAGUCCCCUGGCUAUCCAGAUUCCUAUCCAAGUGACUCCGAAGUGACUUGGAAUAUUACUGUCCCCGAGGGGUUCCGGAUCAAGCUUUACUUUAUGCACUUCAACUUGGAAUCCUCCUAUCUUUGCGAAUAUGACUACGUGAAGGUAGAAACAGAAGAUCAGGUGCUGGCAACCUUCUGUGGCAGGGAGACCACUGACACGGAGCAGACCCCCGGCCAGGAGGUGGUUCUUUCCCCUGGCUCCUUCAUGUCCGUCACUUUCCGCUCAGAUUUCUCCAAUGAGGAGCGAUUCACCGGCUUUGAUGCCCACUACAUGGCUGUAGAUGUCGAUGAAUGCAAGGAGAGAGAAGAUGAAGAACUUUCCUGCGACCACUACUGUCACAACUAUAUCGGUGGCUACUACUGCUCCUGCCGCUUCGGCUACAUCCUCCACACAGACAACAGGACCUGCCGAGUGGAAUGCAGUGGCAAUCUCUUUACCCAGAGGACCGGUACCAUCACUAGUCCUGAUUACCCCAACCCUUACCCCAAGAGCUCUGAAUGUUCUUAUACCAUUGAUCUGGAGGAGGGCUUCAUGGUCAGUCUGCAGUUUGAGGACAUUUUUGACAUCGAGGACCAUCCUGAGGUGCCCUGUCCAUAUGACUACAUUAAGAUUAAAGCUGGUCCAAAAGUAUGGGGGCCCUUCUGUGGAGAGACAUCCCCAGAGCCAAUCAGCACCCAGAGUCACAGUGUUCAGAUCCUAUUCCGCAGCGACAACUCAGGAGAGAACAGAGGCUGGAGGCUCUCCUACAGAGCAGCAGGAAAUGAGUGCCCAAAGCUACAGCCUCCUCUUUUCGGGAAAAUCGAGCCCUCGCAAGCCGUGUACUCCUUCAAAGACCAAGCGCUCAUCAGCUGUGACAUGGGCUACAAAGUGCUGAAGGAUAGUGAGAUAAUGGAUACGUUCCAGAUUGAAUGUCUGAAAGACGGAACAUGGAGUAACAAGAUCCCCACCUGUAAAAUUGUAGACUGUGGAGUCCCAGCAGGGUUGAAACAUGGACUGGUGACCUUCUCCACAAGAAACAACCUCACGACGUACAAAUCUGAGAUAAGAUACUCCUGCCAGCAGCCCUAUUACAAGAUGCUUCACAAUGUCACUGGUGUCUAUACAUGUUCUGCACACGGGGCCUGGACAAACGAAGUACUCAAGAGAAGCCUCCCCACCUGCCUUCCAGUGUGUGGGCAACCCUCCCGCCCCCUGCCGAACCUGGUCAAGAGGAUUAUCGGCGGUCGGAACGCUGAACUCGGCCUCUUCCCGUGGCAGGCCCUGAUCGUGGUGGAAGACACAUCGAGGGUACCGAAUGACAAGUGGUUCGGGAGUGGGGCGCUGCUCUCUGAAUCUUGGAUACUCACAGCAGCCCACGUGCUACGCUCCCAGCGCAGAGACAACACGGUCAUCCCUGUCUCCAAGGAACAUGUCACCGUCUACUUGGGUCUUCACGAUGUGCGGGACAAAUCAGGAGCUGUCAAUAGCUCUGCUGCCCGAGUCAUACUCCAUCCAGACUUCAACAUCCAGAACUACAACCACGACAUAGCUCUGGUACAGUUGCAGGAACCUGUGCCCUUGGGAGCCCAUGUCAUGCCCAUCUGUCUGCCGAGACCUGAGCCCGAAGGUCCAGCCCCUCACAUGUUAGGACUGGUGGCUGGCUGGGGCAUCUCGAAUCCUAACGUGACUGUGGAUGAGAUCAUCAGCAGCGGCACGCGGACCCUGUCAGAUGUUCUCCAGUAUGUCAAAUUGCCCGUGGUGUCACACGCUGAAUGCAAAGCCAGCUAUGAGUCUCGGUCAGGCAACUACAGUGUCACAGAGAACAUGUUCUGUGCUGGCUACUACGAGGGUGGCAAGGAUACAUGCCUCGGUGAUAGCGGUGGGGCCUUCGUCAUCUUCGAUGAGCUGAGCCAGCACUGGGUAGCCCAAGGCUUGGUGUCCUGGGGAGGACCUGAAGAAUGCGGCAGCAAGCAAGUAUAUGGCGUCUACACAAAGGUCUCCAACUAUGUGGACUGGGUGUGGGAGGAGAUGAACUCCCUGACGGCCGCGGGAGAGCUCCAGGUGGAACGGUGAAUGCGUUUACUUCCCCAGGGCCUGCCUCCCCUGCUCCAGAUCAAGUAAGGUUACACUACACAAUGCCAACAGCAUACUCCAUGUUGCUUACCAGACCAAAUAAACUACCGCACACCGACCUAGCUGGUCACUCAUCCCCCUGAGACAGGCCCCUGAGACUGGGAUUAAUGGGGUGCAGGGAAAGCCUCUAGGCAAGAGAACUCAGCCCAAAGCUUCGAGCAGCCUCUUCCUCUCUCUUAGCCUCGCCUCUCCCGCAGUGCAGGGGAAGCUGUUCCAGAAGGCCUCAGUUCUAAGUGUCAAUCACUCCUAAUCCCUUGUCAGUCUUGCUUUCCACCUGGAUCUGAUUGUUAGGAAAGGAGUCCUUCAACUGGAGUCUAUAUCUAUGUGUUUGCCUAGCUAUGGUUUCUGGGCAGGCCCUAAGCCUAGUUCUUCAUGUAGGAAAGAACUGUUCUGGAUAGGGGGAGCAAGAGCAGAGUCCGAGCUAGCACUCAGAGAACAGGACCUUGGAGAACUUUUCUUCCUGGAGUUUCUCCAGAAAACUUCCCGCAGUGCAAGGCUUAUGCUUUGUGCUCUCAGAGUUUCAAACGCCUGAGAGUAUACUGCGAGGAUUGUACUGACUAAGGGCGGGGAAGAGAAACAGCUCUCCUGAGCCCCUUCAACACCUGCUGUCCACUCAGGAUGCAUUGGACGUGUGCGCCACUCAAAUACCAGCUGGCACCAUAAGGUGUCAACACCUGCCACUCCACACAAACACAAAGCCAUCUUCCAGCUCUGGAAUGUUGUGUCUAGAGAUUCCCUGUCCCCAGACACAUGUAUGGAGACCUGGCGACUGCUCGGAGAAAGAGAAGCCUGUGCCCCACUGUGCCCCAUUGCUUCUCAGCAGGAAAACAGAAGAAAAUAUGGACUCAAGACGUGAUAAAUCACUCCAAGGCUAUACUCAUCCCUGGAGCCUGAGCUCGUUGGAGAAUCUAUCAAGUAGUAUAGUCCAAUCCAUGCACUCCUUGGUAGUCCAGAAACUGAGGUCAGGGAAGCAAAAGCUCACUCAUUGGAAAGAGAUGGAGAACCCUGAGUCCUGGGUUCUGUCUCGAGCUUUGCCUUCAACUGCCCAUGUGACCCUUGACAUCGUUUUCUUCUCUGAGCCUCGUCCUCAGGAGGAUGAAGACAGAAGAUCCCUUUAGGGUCUGUCCAGCACUCUCAGUGACCACCUGCCUGAUUGCUAGCGGCAUCCAUGGCUCUCAGGGCGGAAUUCUCUCCUUUCCCCGAGUUCACCAUCCCAGGAACCUCCAUCAGACAAAGGCAACUGGGAAGGCCUGGAGAGGGAUGUGGAGAGAACUGGGAAAGGUCAAUCAAAACACACUCCUAUAUCUAUGAAUGGCACAUGUAAAGGAAACUAUAUUUUGUAUAUUUAAU